CGCACAGAGAAUGAGAGAGAGCAAUACCACCGCCGACGGUCCAAGCACAAUGUGAUGUCUGAGUUGCGCUCGGAUCUGCUGAAAUCCCCUACCCCGAACGUAAGCUUCAGCCACGACCCAACCAGUCUCAGCACUACACACACGGGAGAGAAGCCUUCUUUAAGCAGCGCCAGUUCAAAGCUCGCCGACGCAGGCGCCAGUGACGAUGACGCGGAUGAGGAGAAGCAGCUGCUGAGAGAGCGACAAGUACAAGCAGCCAUCACAGACGAACUAGUGGAGAUGGCACGCGCACUUAAGGACACAACGCUGCUGGCUGGCUCAAUGGUCAGAGAGGAUAUAGAGACGCUGGAUGAGGUGGAAUCAAUCGCCGAUAGAAACCAGUCCAAAUUGGCUAUCGAGGGGCAACGGCUACAGAAACACAUGGAAGUGUAUGCGAGUUGUUGGAUCUGGAUAGCGUUGCUCAAUGUCUCAGUAGUGUUUAUAAUGAUGAUCAUAUUCAUUCGCCUGAUACCUGCGCCCAGGUUUUAACGUUGGCGUGUGAGAACACUCGGAUCUCAGGGGAUCGUAUCGUGAGAAGUAAACGCGUAUGAGAUCUCAGGUGAUCGUAUAGUGAGAAGUAAACGCGUAUGAGAUCUCAGGUGAUCGUAUCAUGAGAAGUAAACGCGUAUGAGAUC